UGAAAACUCCUGUGUGUGUGUUUAAACUCCUGGCGUGUGUGUGUUAAGAAGAGUUUUCUGUGUAUGUGCAGUGCUGUGUGUUUUUCUAAGUGGAGCUGAAGUGCAGCCGUUCAUCAGUGGAGCUGACUGCAGACGGGAAUACUCGGAUCUCACUGUGCUGCUUUUUAACUUACACGGCAGCUGCUUAUUGGACUUUUUUUCGCCAAACUGGAACUCUGCUGCUGCUCUUUUUGCCCUCCAGGCACCAUUCCCAUCACUGGAAUUACUUCUACUUUAUUUUUUAGAUUCUUAAAGCAAUUUCUAUAUGCCUUAAGAAAUAUCCUUACCUGAUUACAAAAUUAAUUACAUUUUUAUUUUAUUCACAGAAUCCAGACAGUUUAAACCCAGAGAAUGGGUGUUUGUGAAGCAUAUAACGAGGACUCAGUGAGUGUGUGUAGGUGUGCAUAUAGUUAAAAGUUUUCUCAUUUGGGCACAUUUGCUGUUGUAACAAUGGAAACUGCCCGAACUGUUAGAGGCAAGUUGGGCUCAGGUGGAUGCUGAUCCCAACCUGGCAUGUUCUGAGCUCUGGUGACUUUCGGUUCCCUUGGAAACAAACAAGAAGGCCUUUGUGUUCAUGUGUGAUGCUCAUCUCCUAUUUUGGAUGUGAGAAGUGAACUGCAUCAUCUUUUACAAGAAGAGCUGUAGACAGAUAAAGACAACUCUUAAGUAAAAAGGGGAGUAUUUUAAGAUUACAUUGAUUAAGUUCAGAAAAAGAAAGCUGGAAGAAACAAGAAACAAGCUCCAUCUCUUUUCAAUAACAGGCCGGUGAACUGCAACAAAGAGGACCAAAUUAGAACAUUUAAAUAAAUCACACUUCACCACCAAUAUUGGGCAUUUAAAGCCAACAAAAACCUCACAGUCCCAGUUUUUUGAAAGAAAGGAGUUCAUUUAAGGGCACCAAGAUGAUGACCAUGGUGAUGAUGAUGGUGGCCAUGAUGGUCACCUGCAGCUCUCUGUUACUGCUGGGGCUGGCUGCCGCCCAUGCCUCCUCUAACACUAUGGCUCGCACGUCCUCUUCAUCUUCAUCUUCCUCUUCGUCUUCCUCCUCCUCCUCCUCAUCGUCCUCGUCACCACGCAUGAAGCUUUCAUACAAAGAGCUGCAGCAGUUCCAUGGAGUUCGGCGGUUUGAGCUGGAGCGUUCCUGCUGCUUCAGCGCCCUGCUGCUGGAUGAAGAGAGGGGCCGACUCUUUGUGGGAGCCAAAAACUUCCUGCUGUCACUCUCUUUAGAUAACAUCGCCAAACAAGAACAGAAGAUCCAGUGGCCUGCACCUGUUGACUGGAGAGAAGAGUGCAACUGGGCUGGCAAAGAUAUCACUUCUGACUGUGUGAACUAUGUGAAGAUUGUGCACCACUAUAACCGCACCCACCUGUAUGCCUGUGGAACUGGAGCCUUCCAUCCCACCUGUGCUUUUGUGGAAGUGGGACACAGGAUGGAGGACCACGUGUUCAGGAUUGACCCCUCUAAGGUGGAAGAUGGGAAAGGGAAGAGCCCGUACGAUCCUCGACAUAACGCUGCAUCUGUGCUCGUCGGUGAUGAGCUAUAUGCAGGUGUGGCCACAGACUUAAUGGGACGGGACUUCACUAUCUUCAGGAGUCUGGGAAAACGUCCCUCUAUUCGCACUGAGCAACACGAUUCACGCUGGCUCAAUGAACCAAAGUUUGUUGGUUCCUUUUGGGUCCCUGAAAGUGAAAACCCUGACGAUGACAAGAUCUUUUUCUUCUUCCGGGAGACAGCUGUUGAGGCUCAAGGGUUGGGAAAGUCCACCUACUCUCGUAUUGGACAGCUUUGUAGGAAUGACAUGGGCGGUCAGCGAAGUUUGGUGAACAAGUGGACAACAUUCCUCAAGACCCGCCUGAUUUGCUCAGUGCCAGGAGCUGAUGGCAGUGACACAUACUUCGAUGAGCUACGGGAUGUGUUCCUGCUGCAAACGAGGGACAGAAAGAACCCUUUGGUUUACACAGUCUUCUCUACUUCCAGCAGUGUAUUCAAAGGCUCAGCUGUGUGUCUUUACUCCAUGAAUGACAUCCGGAGGGCCUUCCUGGGGCCCUUUGCUCACAAAGAGGGGCCCAACUACCAGUGGGUCCCCUUCCAGGGCAAAGUCCCCUAUCCCCGCCCAGGCAUGUGUCCUAGCAAGACGUUUGGCAGCUUUGAGUCCACAAAGGGUUUCCCAGAUGAUGUGAUCCAAUUUGCUCGGCACCACCCUCUGAUGUACAAUCCAGUCUACCCCAUGAGCCGAAGGCCCAUCUUUGUUAGAACUAAUGUGGACUACAGCUUCACACAGAUCGCCGUGGACAGAGUCAAUGCAGCUGAUGGACAGUACGAUGUCAUGUUCAUUGGCACAGAUAAAGGGACAGUACUAAAGGUGAUCAAUGUCCCCAAGGAGAGCUGGAACAACAUGGAGGAACUUUUACUGGAAGAGUUGGAGGUUUUCAAGGAUGCUUCAUCGAUCAUCAACAUGCAGAUCUCUUCAAAACGGCAACAGCUGUAUGUCGGCUCUGACACAGGCAUUGCCCAAGUUCCCCUUCACCGCUGCAGUGUGUAUGGGAAGGCCUGCGCUGAGUGCUGCCUGGCCAGAGACCCGUACUGCGCCUGGGAUGGAACAUCCUGUACUCGCUACCUGCCAAACACAAAGAGACGUUUCCGCCGCCAGGAUGUAAGAAACGGAGACCCCAACACCCUCUGCUCUGGAGACCACCAUAAGCACCGUGUGGCAGAGAAGAAGCUGUAUGGAGUUGAGGGAAGUAGCACUUUCCUGGAGUGCAUCCCCAAAUCUCUGCAGGCCAAAGUCACCUGGACGUUUCAGAAACAUCCACAGAACCCACGAGAAGAGGUUCGUCUAGAUGAACGUGUCCUCCAGACAGACAGAGGCCUCCUGAUCCGUCGUGUCUUAAAGCGAGAUAUCGGCGUCUACCAGUGCCAUGCUAUGGAGCACGGCUUCACCCAAACUUUACUAAGCAUCACCUUAGAAGUUUUACCUUCAACACCCUCCUCCAUCUCCAAACUACCUGCUGAUGCACCUCCCCGAUUAGAUCCCCGCAGUGGAGGCUCGUCUUCAAUGACCAAUCAAAAGCUGUGGUACAGGGACUUCAUGCAGUUGGUGGACCACCCUAACCUGAGCACCGUUGAUCAGAUUUGUGAGCAAGUUUGGGCACGCAAGAAUGCUGGUGUUGACCAGGGGGAUAAGAAUUUCUCUGCUCCAGGGAAGGACAUUCUGCCUGUGGGACCUGCUGCCCGCCCAGCUAAUAAGAAGUGGAAGCAUCUCCAAGAGAUCAGAAAGGGGAGAAACCGCAGGACCCACGAUGGGAAACCAAACCCUCGGGCACCACGCAGUGCAGGGGAGUAAUAAUGUAGAAAAAGAAACGGAGGGAAGAAAAAGUGACUGAUACAAGAGGGAGGAGAGCAAAAGAAAAAGACUGAGAGACCAAGAACUCACAGAGGUGUUCACACAUAUGGAUCCACACACCCACACACAUGAACACAUGCUCACGCACAGCACCUCCUGUACUGUGUAUAUUUAUCUAUGGAUGCUCCCACUAUAUGGUCCACUAUCCCCUGAGUCCUCAUCCCUUUGACCAACUCCUGCAUGUGCUGCCUUACUGCCCAAAUUGGUUCUGCACGAUCCCUUUACACUGUUUCACUAGAAUAGUCAAGUGUACCAGCAGGCAUGUGUGAGAAAACCCAUCUUUAUCUGUGGGUAAUAAACUCACACUCACCUUCAUUUCUUUUGCCAGUGACUGUACUUGGAAAAUGGGUUCACACAGGAUGAGCACAUUUUAGACUUUAGAUGUGUUCUGUGGGUCACCCUGUAGAUAUCUACUCUCUGGCCUGCACCACUCAAAAAGGAUUUCUAAAGUUGAACUCUGCUCAAGGUUGCUGAAAUCUGAAGGUUACAUACCAGAUGUGGCAGAUUCAGGUGUGGAGCAAUUGAAGCAAAGUGAUGACUGGAACAUAAUCAAAAUUAUUAUUAUUAUUACUAUUAUUAUUUUUUUUAACUGGAAAACUAUUUAUGUUGAAUUGCACAAGCAUGCAGACAGAUUAACAGUCUUGACCGACUGAGUUAAUCAUCUACCUGUGGCCCUCAUGGUGCACAUAAUUCUAUUAACACCACUUUUCAAUGCUUUGUGUGCCUAUUACAUAAUGCAGUGACAAAGAGAAGCCAGCAUCUGUGGUAUAAAUUAGCAUGACCAGUCAUGUUAUUGUAAUAUGAUUUGUUUUAUUAUUAAUUUUAGCAGUAAUCUUAGGCCCAUUUAGGCAUGUCACAGCAAAAAUAAUCACAUAUGGCAAAAUCAGAUUGUCAUAGUUAGAGUGCAGACUGGACCAGAUAUGGUUAUAGUGUGUAGCUGGUCCUAACCACUAGGUAGUGAGUAGGGAAAAAUCUACUUACAUUCCAGGCGGUUUACAGUACACAGAUAAAGCCUAAAGAAAAAUAAAUCAGUAGUUGAAAGCAAAAUUGUGUCUAAAAAAAGGGCUUUAUUUAAAUCUAAGACCAAAAUCCUGAAAAAAAAGAAGUGUAAAAUUGACUGUGUUCAAUAUUUUGUACAUUAACAUAAAGGAGAAAUGAACAUAGUGGUUUGGGUGAGAAGCAUUAAUAUGAUGAGGUGAGGAGGAAGUGGAGGAAACAUUAGCAGACUCUACGUAUGACAACCCAUGUUUCUGGGCAAUAGUACAGUGAGUGUAUAUAUAUAUAUAUAUAUAUAUAUAUAUACUGGCAUGAUAUUUAUGAGUGGGACUAUAAGUUUGUUUCUGUCUUUGUUUUGUUUUUUGUUUUUUUUUUUUUGUUGUUUUUUUCAUUUAUUCUUAGUGGUACUUCAUUUCUUUUGCAUAAUUUUUUUUGUGAUAGAUAUGCAAGUAAUAUGAAGUGUGUGAGUCACAAACGCACAGACAGCUGCUUCUCUGUGCCACCCACAAUGGAUUUUUCCAUCAUUUUAAAAGAAAAAAUUAUCAAUUCAAACACUGUUGUAUUCACUUCUCAAUCUAGUGUUACAAUAAUUAAUUUCAUUGACUUUUGCUGCUUGAUGACGUCAUCUCUUCUUAUCAGACAAUUAGAAGUAUAAGGUCUUCCUUCUCCAUGUCUUAGUCUAACCUCCCUAUGUAUUAUCUGUAAAGAAAGCUUGUUUGUUGGUUGUCUGUGCUAACAUGGUGUGUGUAGCCUACCCCCUAGUGUUCAUUGUGUGUACAGGCUUGUAUGAAGAGCCGACCUGUGGUACGAUACUUUAAUAUAUUACAGUCUAUCCACACAAAAUAAAGCAACUGGCCGACCUUGUAGGAUAAAACAUGCGUUCAUGUUUUUCAGUUAUGAAAUCUUUAUAUGAUUUUUGAUGUUAAAUAUAUUUUCUGAUUUGUGCUGCUGACACCAAGUAUCACGAUUUGAAUAAAACUGUAAAAAUUACACUUUGAUGAGUUCAUCAUUUCACACAGGCUCUGGCUAACAGGAAGCAGCACAAACCAGACCGGUGUGUGGACUUUAGAUGUAUGGAAUCAUUGUCGUUGUUAUUUAUAUACAUACUUUAUAGAUAUGUAAUUAACUCUUUGAACUAAACCGAAUUUACUGACGCCUUUAAAAAGGACACUCUGAAUUUUGACAUCACAUCCAGAAAGACAGGAUUUACUGCAAAAAAGGGUAACAAACAUUAUUAUUACAUUGCAGCAAGAUAAAUUUGGUCAGUGCUGGUAUGUUUAUUUAAAUCAUUAACCCGAUUGAGUUAAGACUACUAAUCACUAAACUGAGAGGUUAUUGUUGUAAACUGUUAUUGUUUUACUUUAAAGACAGAUAAUUACAUUGGUAGUGAUGUCAAACCUGCCUGAGUAUCCCUUUUAAGCCAGCUGUUGUUUUGUGCUUGAAAUUGCAUGACUAAUAUUAGUGGCUAUUGCGUUUGACAAUGGUGUGGUGGCGAGAAAGAGCGAGAAAGAGAAAGCACAAUGUUUAAUAUUAUUGUCAUUAUUAUUAUUAUUCCUACGUAUUUAUGUGCAAAGAUAAGCUGAUAUGUUGUGGUGGAUUUUUAUUUUUCUUUUAAAUGUAGAAUUACAUCUGUAUGGUUCAUGUCCUGAGGACUCAUCCUGAACAUGUUUUUUGUACUUUGCAGCAAAUGGAGAAGCUCUUCCUGAAGACAGUGUCCAAUUAGAGUCUUUGUUGUUCAAACAAUCCUCAAAUCCACACUCCUGUUGUGUCCCAUGCCAUGUGGCGCACCAUUGUUCAAAAGCUCACAAGGAGAGGCUUGUGUGUGUGCGUGCGUGUGUGUGUGUGUGUGUGUGUGUGUGUGUGCAAAUGGGAAAAAUGUGCUUUAUGUGUGUCUGUAUGUGAGUUUCGGGGGACAGUCAAGCUCUGUAUAUAACGGCAAAGGAGUGGUGCUGUAGCUGUGUGUAGCUGAAGGUUCAAAGGUCGAAGGCCAAAGUUAAUGAGGUACACUGUAAUACUCCCAGGUCUUUGUGAAAUGUCAUGUCAGAUUGUUUUUGAUUAACACAAUAAAAAUAUGCAGUUACUU